GCAUUUGGGCUUGCCUGUGACGAUCACCGCAAAGACUGCGGAAGGCACGAAGCCCCUCGCAAUCAAGGCCAAUGAGUCUGCGAUCGCGGCAGUGGAGCGAUUCUGCAACUGGAACUUCAUGUCCGUUGUGGCAUCGGCAAGCCAGGACGCAUUCAGUGACCAGGUGGGACGACCUGCACCUUGCAGGGAGGUGCUGCUGUCACUGGCCCAGGACGCGGCACGGGAGAAGAGGCAUUUUUUGCAGACUUUGGCACCAAAAGCGCCUUGGCCACUGGUGGCCAACGGACCCCGGCGUCUGCUUUCCUUGGACGACCAGAUGAAUGCUGGCCUGAUCCUGGCAGCAUGGAAAGACCUGGGCUUCAACGAGCUGGACAACCCCGGCAGCACGCACACCCUUGCAAGUGAUGGUGACUGGGAUGUGCUGUGGAGUUUGAUGCCCCAACAUGGCCGGUCUGUUGAUUUGGCUCCAUUCCUGGGCGUCCCAAUAGAUUGGUCCUUCUACCGAUCCCAUAUGCCCACCUGGGACUUCGCACGGGCCCGCGCUGAUCAGACGCACAACCACUGCUUCACCUUCCACGGCGCCCCUGUGGGUCCGAAGCAUCACUUGGCGAUCAGCCUUCGAAAGCUGAGGGAUCACUUGGCGGCAUCGGGCUCCAGUCUCCUCGAAAACCCAGAAGAUGAAUGUGUCGCAGGGCUGUGCUUCCCGGAGAGCUACGUCGUCAUGGUGGGUAGCAAGGGACUGGAUGAAGCCGAGACGGUGGCGAAGAAGCUUUCAGAAAAGAAGGAGAUGGUGGCCAAAGCGUGUCAUUCUUCUGGGGGCCGCAGCAUUACGAUACUGCGAUCUCCGCGUGAUCUGUCGAACCUUCUUGCUCGAGCAGGUCACGGCACAAUGUUCCUGGUCCAGCGGCGCAUCCACUCUCCGCUGAUUGAGGGCCGCCGCUUCCACUUCCGGCUGUAUGCAGGGCUGACGUCGCUUCACCCUUUGCGAGUGUAUGUCCACCACGACGACAAUGAUGGAGGCUAUGCUGUUCUCGCAAGCAAAGCUGCUUCCUCGUCUCCUUAUGCAGAAAGCGAGAAGCUUGUCGAGAGAGGAUCGUGUUCUCAUGCAUCUGGGGUUUGCACGCCGCAGCAAGACGAGGAGUUUGUGACGAACUAUGGCGAUCGGCAGAUUUCCCGGGGCGAGUUUGCCAGGCUUUAUCGGAAUCUGACUGGUGCCGAUCCAGAUGCUUUGCUUCGUCGAAUGCACCACAGCAUCGUGGUGACGCUUCUCGCAGCCGGCCACCACAGCCGGCAUUCCGACCUCUUCAGGAGACUGCAGUCCCUGCUCGGAGCAGCGCGAUGCUUCGAGAUCCUGGGCGUGGACUUCCUCUUUGAAGAGUACGAGGAGCUGCGCGAUGGCCAACCCCACAUUGCUUGGGCUCCGUACCUCGUGGACGUGACCCCUUCGCCAGGAUACGGGAGGCCUUCGGUGGCCUCGUCGCACCGCCUUCUGCGCGACUUCUUCCGCACCUUCGUGACUGGUGAUCCUGACCCAGAGCAGCGGCGUCCUGCCUCCAACAAUGCAACCGACACAGAGGAGGACAAAUGGCAGGUUGUGUCAGAGCAGGCGGCCUCUUUGGGCUUGGAGCUGAGACCGGAGGCCACUAUGCCACUUGUAGCAAGAACUACAACCGUUCCGGGCCUAUGGGUAACCCCUGAACCCUCCACCGCUCUCCUUUUCCAGGAUCGGCCCCUCCUCCGACGCCUUGAUGUCGAGACAGACUCCCGCAGGUGGCGUCGCCUCUUUCCACCAGCAAGGGAUGGCCUCCUCGACUUGAGCUUCAACUACAUGCCGCUCUUUGCCGGCGGGCCGACCCGUGAGGACACGUUGUCCAUGCUGUGGGCUGGCGUGCCGCCAGAGGACCUUCAAGCUAGAGGCGACUGCCAGAAACCCGUCCACCUUGUGGACAAAGUGCUAAACUGCUUUUUCGAGCGGGUCGGUGGACAUGGCAUUUCGCCAAGUGAGGAGUUCGUCCUAACGGAGGGCCUCACCAGGAUUUCCAUGGCUUCAGAUGCAGACUUGUCGAAGUUGGGAGGGCAGCAGGUCGUGAGCAACGUCCCUGCCUUCCUUGUCAAUUUCUUCAGUUCGGGCUGUGCCCAAAGUCAAGUGAAGCUGCCCGCAUUAAUGCGGCUGCUGGCAUAG